AUAUAUAUUUGUCCAAUCUGAUCUAUGAAACGAGCCCCACUUUGUUCCUGUGGCUACAAACUUCUAAGAUUUUGUUAAUUUGGUUUCAGAAAAGAAUCAAAAUAGGUCAGUGGGAUUUUUCUAAAUGCUUCCAUGACUGCUAAUGUUGUAAGAACAAACUGCAAAUUCAAUUAGUUCUUAAGUACUGAAAUCCUUUUUGAAACACCACUUCCCGCACAUUCGUGAAUUUUCAGUUGAAGGAAGAUCGAGAAAAAUCAACAAGGUGAUGAAAAUGGCGCCAUAUAGGCAUAACUACGUGGAAAGUAGUAAAGAAUGGCAGCCUCUUUUGGGCAGCUUGAGUGGAGAUGUUGAACAAGCAGGAAAAUGCAAGUAUUUGAAUUUGUUAAGUGAAAAAAUCAGCAAAUCAUUGAAUGAUUUCCAAGAAUUUGCUGUGAGAGCUUGGGAAAUGGGUCGCUCUGAUCCGAAGAAAGUCAUAUUUGCUAUCAAGAUGGGAUUAGCAUUGUCAAUUGUAUCCUUGCUCAUAUUCUGGAAAGGAUCCAACGAGGACAUUUCUCAGUAUUCAAUCUGGGCAAUCUUAACUGUCAUUGUGAUGUUUGAAUACAGCAUAGGAGCAACAUUUAUAAAAGGAUUUAAUCGUGUAUUGGGUACAAUAUGUGCUGGAAUUCUUGCCUUCUUCUGUGCUGAGCUCUCUAUGUUGGCUGGUGAUCAAGGAGAGGAGGUCCUAAUUGUUGCUAGUAUUUUUAUUGCAGGAUUCUUCUCAUCCUAUUUGAAGUUGUACCCGACAAUGGCGCCAUAUGAAUAUGGUUUUCGAGUAUUCAUAUUAACAUACUGUAUUCUUAUGGUAGCUGGGAAUCGGACUCGGGAAUAUACCACGGCAGUCUUAACUAGAUUAGUACUUAUUGCAGUUGGUGCUGGUGUUUGUUUUGUUGUAAAUCUGUUCAUAUACCCCAUUUGGGCCGGUGAUGCAUUGCACAGUUUGGUGGCAAAAAAUUUCAUGGACCUGGCCAUCUCCCUGGAAGGUUGUGUUAAUGGGUACCUGAAAUGUGUUGAAUACGAAAGGGUUCCCUCAAAGAUUCUUACAUUCCAGGCUUAUGAUGAUCCACUUUACAAUGGCUACAGAUCAGUGCUGGAAUCUACAAGAAGAGAAGAUAGUCUGUUUGGCUUCGCUAUCUGGGAACCACCUCACGGUCGUUUCAGAAUGUUCAAUUAUCCUUGGAAAAACUAUGUCAAAUUGAGUGGUGCACUGAGGCAUUCUGCAUUUAUGGUCAUGGCACUACAUGGAUGCAUUCUGUCAGAAAUACAGGCUCCUGCUGAAAGGCGGCAAGUCUUUCGUAGCGAGCUCCAGAGAGUAGGAGCAGAAGGUGCAAAUGUUUUGCGUGAGCUUGGAAGCAAAGUAGACAAAAUGGAAAAACUAGGCCCGGGAGACAUACUAAAAGAGGUGCAUGAAGCAGCAGAGCAACUACAAAAGAAGAUAGACCAAAGAUCAUACCUUUUAGUAAAUUCUGAAAGCUGGGAAAUUCCAAGAGAUCCUCAGGUAUUUCAAGAACUUGAAAGUCUUAAAGAGAACGGGAAUAUUAAAUUGGGAUUUAAAUCCGCAAGUGAAGCAGUAUUGGACUUAAGGUCACUCACUCUUUCUACACCUUCCCUACCUCCGAAAGACUCCCAGGAUAAUUUGUUUGCAAAACAAGCAUCCUGGCCUUCCCGUCUUUCUUUCAAUGCUGAUACAGGCAUUGAAGAAAGUGAGCGCAGAACAUAUGAAAGCGCAAGUGCCUUAUCUUUAGCAAUGUUUGCUUCACUUCUGAUUGAGUUUUCUGCUAGGCUUCAAAAUGUAGUUGAAUCAUUUGAAGAACUAAGUGAGAAAGCCAACUUUGUAGAGCCAAUUAUGAACUCUGAGAUUGUUUAAAAGAAGGCUGGGUUCUGGAUCAUCCUGUCUAGGUGCUGCGGGUUACAAGAUUAGGAGCUGUAUCUAGGAAAAGAAUAAUGCAUAUGUUUUCUCCUGGGAGAGAUAAGGAGAAUUAUUAUUAUUUUUAAUUGUAAUUCCAAUAAAAUCACGUUCUCUGUCGCGUCACACGCACGCUUGGCAUAGCAGUCGUCUACCUCAUCGCUCCUUUUAGUGAAGCAGAGUUGAAACCUUAAACUAACUAGUUUUGCUUGGUUAGUUAAGGUUACAAGAGGGCACUAUCUCAUUGUGUAGCUCAAGAUAUGUUCGGCGAAAUACAUAAAUUAUUGUUUUCUUAAUUGUAUUCUUAAUCCUAAUUUUAGUUCUUAUUCA